AUGGGUGCUUGUUGCAUGAUGCAGGGUGCAACGAAGAUUCUCGUGUUUCUGGGCGUUUGUCUCCUGUUCAGGGAUGCUUCUGGGAUCAGUGUAAGGGAGGUGAACAAAGAAGAUGCGAAAGGAGUUAACACCGCUGAACAAAAACCUCAGGCUGAGCCUGGACCCCCAAUCAACGUCAAAGUCAAUGUUAUCUCUUCCACUGCCCUGGAAGUGACCUGGAACCCAGCGCCCGAUUCCACACCACAGUAUUACCGUGUUCUGUCGCACGGUUCCGGGAUUCAACCGGGAGAUCAGAUCGUAUAUAGUCAAUACUACCGUUUGGACGCACUGUUAAGCUGUACGAAAUAUUUCAUAAACAUCGUGGCCGUUUAUUCUGGUGAAAAUGAAUUUUCCAGUGAUACGGCUGAAGGAGUCACCGAAAGCGAAGUUCCCCCAAUGCCGGCCAACUGCACCAUCGUGAAGGAGACCAGCAAAUCGGUGUCGCUCACCUGGGCUCAGCCUCUCACAAACUGCCCGGUGUACAAUUAUAACGUCAGUUGGCUGUGGGAGGCGCUUUGGAACGAGACAUUGGCCGACGAGGACUGGGAAACGAGCGGGGAAAUGAGUUACACCAUCAAAGACAUCCGGCCGUACAGCGAAGUUCUAAUUUCCAUCAGCGGCAAAACUGCAUCGGGAUACGGUCCGUCGGUAGAGUGCGAGGCUCAGACCGACGAAUACUAUCCAAGCUCCCCAAAGAUCGUCAGUGUAACAGAAGGACCAGACUAUUUGUCCGUAACUUGGGAGCCGCCAGAGGAGCCGAACGGAAUCAUCAAACGGUACAGGAUCACUCGAAUCGGCGACGCGGAGGUGCUUCAAGAAGAGACAGACGGGAACACUUUGACUAAGAAGCUGUACGGCGUAGAAGCUUGUCAGAACUACACAGUCACCGUUGCUGCAACGACGGCUAAGGGGUUUGGGAAUGAAUCCAAUAAGUGGGAAAUUUAUGUCACAGGGGAAGCUCCUUUGGAAACAGUGAGAUGCUCUGGAGAAGGUUCCAGAAACUUCACUGUGAUCUGGGACCAUGGAAGCGUCACCUGCAAGGAUCAGAACUACUAUAUCACCUGGAACUCUACUGUUUUGUGGUCAGAUGAUGAAGACCAAGGUGAAGCAGAAGUUCCCGGAAACGAAACGACGUACGCCUUCCGUGACACGCCGCCCUACACCGAAUACACUGUGUGCGUGGCCAUCACCAAGGGCGCGGAGGGAAGCGUGUGCUGUGACCACAUCACGGCAGAAGAUGGCCCCUCGCAGCCAACCAUUACGGAAAUAUCCUCCUUCCGCGGAGACGUUCGCAUCAGCUGGUCGCCCCCACAAGAAGCCAAUGGCAUUGUGAGGAGCUACAACGUUUCAUGGGAGAGUGAGGACGCCGACUCGGGGACUGAGGCAUUUGAAGAUGUAGCUGAAGGAGUGGUUGCAGGUUUGGAAAUCUGCAACACUUACGCCUUCUCCGUGUCCGCUGGCACGAUCGUCUGGGGGAAUAAAUCGGAGACCAGAGAAGUGGAUAUUGUUAAUUACGUUGACACCGUGUCCUGCAGCAGUGGAGGCACAGACAUAGUCCAUGCCCUGUACAGUUUCGCGACAAGUCUUUGCGAGUUCAACAUGAGAAACACGAACUGGAAAGUCGACGUACUAUGGAACAAUGAAACAUGGACGGAUUCCGCUUCCGACGAGUCCAGCCUCGCGUCGGGCAGCUUCAGCGUGUACAAGCUGGACCCUUACUCGCAGGUGGAGGUGUGCAUGAGCGUGCCUGGCAGGGCCGAGGAGAAGGCCUGCUGCACCGCUACCACGGACGAAGCUGUUCCGGACAAGCCGAGUGAGGUGUUCCCGUCCCAGGUGACCAACACGACAGCCCGUAUCUCGUGGACGAAGCCCCUCCACGUGUACGGCGCCAUCAGGUCCUGGGAAGUGAAUCUGCGAAAGAACGGCGAGAAUGAAGGGACGUCGCAUGAUGUCGAUGGGAAAUUGAUGUACUUCGAUGCUGCGGAUCUGACUCCUUCUACUAAUUACGAAGUUGUGGUGAAGUGCCGAACAGGAGGAGGCUUGGGUGAAGGGCAACACAGCAGCUUCAAAACACUCAACCCGGACAACACCUCUGACAACCCACCCAACACCGGGCUUAUCAUCGGCUUAUCCGUGGGAAUAAGCGCUGUGUUACUACUUGGGGGCGCGGGCAUCACCCUCUAUCAGUGGAAGAAGAGGAAGACCACAAACGAUCAUUCGAAGAAGGAAGCUCCACCACAGUCGCACAAUAACAAUGGAUUCAUUGACAAUGAUGUGCUACACGAGGGAGAUGGAUAUGAGGAGGAUUAUUUAUGAGUUCGUCUGCUUGGCUGUAACACACAAGCUUCAAAAUUCCAAGCGCCGGGAAUCACAAAAUCCAUGCACAUAGAGACACUCACUCACAACACACACGCGCAAUCACUCACCCGCUCACUCAUUCAUGGAAAUACUUGCUUAUGUACAGUACGUGUAUCGGACACUUUGUCAGAGUACAUGGUUGUGAUGGGAGGGAGCGUGGAGUCAUCAAAGCAGGUAAACGUAUGUUAGAGAGCGACACAUGAUUUUUUUUUUUUAUUAUUGUCAUUAUUUCAUGCAUGGCGAGUAUGGUCAUAUGUUGUAGUCUAGUUCCAGGUCCAUUAAAGGGACAUGUAUAUAUAUAUAUAUAUAUAUAUAUAUAUAU